AUGGCUUCUACUUCUUCUUCUUCUUCUACACUUCCUUCAGAUAUAAUUUUCGAGAUAUUAACUCGAACUUCGUUAAAAACAUUAGAUACAUGCAAGUCCGUCAACAAGCAGUGGCACAAUUUGAUUUCUGAAUCAAGUUUCAUGCCACAGUUUUGCGAGAAAAGUCAUAAUAUUUCAGGGUAUUUUGUUCAGUCUUUGUCCAGAAGCAAGCACGUAACCGAGUUCGUAUCACUGAAUGGAUGUUCGGGAAAAACUCCAUUGUAUCUUCCAAUGGAAACUAUAAAACCGAAAGAUAAAAUUUUCAACUACGACUGUGACAUUAAGAUUGAAGCUUCUUCAAAACAAGGAAUAUUAUGUUGUCUUAGAAGAAUAAAGCACAAGUAUAGGUACUAUGUGUGUAAACCUAGUACCAAGCAAUGGGUGAAACUUCCUAAUCCUAAGAUGCGUUAUUCUACUGUCAAACUAGCUCUCAUUGUGCUGAAAUCAAACCCAUUGAACUUCAAGAUAAUUAGGUUAUCGUCGACUCGUACUGUUUAUCAUCAUUAUAUCAAUCUGGGACUUGAUUACUAUCGUAGCGAAGUUUUUGAUUCGGAAGCUUGGGAGUGGAGGAAAAGAAAAGAUAUAUUGUUCCCUCAAGAAAUUUAUGUUGACAUGUUCACUCCAACAGUAAAUGCAAGUGGUUUGGUUUACUUUAAAUUAGGAGAUGAUUUAGUUAUGGCUCUGAAUUAUAAUGGAGAAGAAGCUUUUCCAAGAUUUUCACUUCCAAAACCUGCAAUGGAGUACAAAAAUUAUGGAUAUAAUCAACUUGUGGAGUAUAAUGGGAAGUUGGGGUUUACUUGUUUGUCUCCAAAAGGGAUGGAGCUUUGGAUUUUUGAGAAUGGAAACCAAAGUUGGGAGUUGAAAAAGGAAGUUGAGAUUGAAACUUUAAAGAAAGUCACAAAAUAUCCAAGGCUAGUUGGGUUUUAUAAUGCGGACAUUGCUUUGAUGAUUGAUUAUUAUGAAGUUAUUUUCUAUAAGUUGCAGGAUAAGAGUUUUAACAAAGUGAAAUUGAAUAAAUGUCGCAUUCAGGAGACUUUGGCCCACAUAUUGACAGCUUGCACUGGACUUGCUCAGGUGGUUUCAGCUCAGGCCGCACAUGCCACUUCUCAGGCCGGGGGAGGAACUCAUACCCCUGUUUUCCGUACUCCAGACCAAGUAGUACAGGAAAUUCAUAUACCGGGAGCACUACCAGCCCAACCGGUAGCAGCUGCUUAG